UGCACAUCACUCAAAAAGUUGACAAAAGAAUUCAAAAUGAAAUGUAAACAACUCAACUGUAUGCCUCUUUUUGAAAAGACUAUCACAACAAUUGGAUUAGACAUCACAGAGACCCAAAUUUUGAGUUCGAAUUGUGAAAAUGUUAAAGUCCAUGAAUGUGGUGACAUUGCAGAAGGUACUCCAAUUGCAAUUAAAUCCUUGGUAAGCAAUACUUCCAGUGGCGCACAACUUCAAGUAAAUGACAUCGUUUGGGUAGUGCCUGAAAACAUUUGCGACAUGAGUAUUUAUUAUGUCCCAAACGAAUUUGAUAGAACUCAGUUUGAAGACGAUCCUCUGUUCUUGCAGCACUUGCUAAAGAAAGAAAUGAUAAGGAAAAUGUUGGUACCAAUGAUAUUUCUGAAUCAGUUCUUCCUCCUAUUACCAACGCUCAAUACACAAAGAGUCCAUUUUACAUAAAAGCGUUACAUAUAUACUGCACAAUUAAACGCAAUAGGCAAUUACAGGGAGAAAAAAAUUUGUUUUACAGCGAAAAGUUUGCAAAUACAUUGCUAAAGAAAUAUGCCACUUAUGCCCCGCUUUGGACGAAUAUGAUGGGAGUAUUCGUUGAACCUGAUCCAAAAAAACAUCGCAUUUCCAACAGCCCUGUGGAAUCAUAUUUCAAUGUAAUAAAAAAAUACACCAUUGAAGGACGUUGCAACAUACGUUCUGCCGAUUAUGUCAGAAGAUCUAUGACAUAUAUCAAAGCGAAGCUGAAGGAGGUUGGUAAUGAAUGCCUCGAUAGUGAUAUUAGCUUUAAAAAAACUAAAGCUAGAAACCAGCCUUUAGAUGAAGAACAUUGGCGAAGAACCCCUCACAAGGCGAAGAGAACUUUCAACAAGAAUCUUGUAUUUGAAAAACUAGUGAAAAAAUACAACAUGUUGCCAAGAAAAAAGAAAAACGACCGCUACGUUCUCCUUAAAUUUGAUGACAUCUAUCAGAAAAGAAGCAUGGACGUCACUUUUCCCCCAACAAUAGAUAUUUCGGAAUUUAAAAGCUUAGAAGGCACAAACUUUUUAUACUCUAACGUAGUAGAUAUUUUCAUUACAAUUCAACUAAGUAUUCACGGUUCGCAGUUGACCAAAAGCUUUAAUUGUGAAGAAGGUGCUCACUAUUUUUAUUCGGACACGGACCAGCAAUUGCCAAUAGAAAACUACAAGCAAGUUAUCAUACCAAUAAUACACCAAUCACAUUUCACACUGGUGAUAAUAAAUACGGAGAAUAAAACCUUUACCUUCAUCGAUCCGCUGGGCGAGUGUAAAGGAAAGCUAGAUCAUUUGCUAACAACGUUCGUCUCUAAAAACAAUGCUACUAGUUACAUUCCAACAACAGUACCACAUGCCAUUCAAGCCGACACAUUUAAUUGCGGCGUCCAUGUAUGCCAAUUCGUAGAAGCCAUCUUAACUUCAUCAGAUUUAAGAAGUAUUGAAAACCCAAACACCUACCGGCACAAAAUUAAACAAGUUCUCAUCGACAACUGUGAUGACAUGAUAUCGAUAUGCAUACAUUGCGGCAUAACUUCAGCAGAUGGAAUCGAAUGCCAAGAAUGUGGUCGCCAAACGUGCAACGGCUGUCAGCAACAC